CCUGGGGCUCGCGGGAGGGGAAGGAGGAGGAGAAGGGGGAGGUGGUGGAGGUGGAGGCUGAAGCCGAGCGAGAGGCGGCCCGGCGGGGCGGCUCGGCGGCGCGCGGCCCAGAAGCGUUGGAAUCCUGAAUUGAGACGGCUGCGCCUGAAGACAGCAGGACUGGCGGGGCCGCCGCCGUCGCCAGAGAGAUGAGCCGGGAAGCCUGAGGCCGGAGACGCCCGCCCUCGGGCCCGUCCGCCCGGCUUCCCCGCUCCCGCUUACUGGAAGAUGAAAGAGACUAUACAAGGGACCGGGUCUUGGGGGCCUGAGCCUCCUGGACCCGGCAUAGCCCAAGCUUACUCAAGUCCCAGGCGGGAGCGUCUUCGUUGGCCCGCACCCCCCAAACCCCGACUCAAAUCAGGUGGAGGGUUUGGGCCAGAUCCUGGGUCAGGGACCACAGUGCCAGCCAGACGCCUCUCUGUCCCUCGGCCCUCUUUUGAUGCCUCAGCUAGUGAAGAGGAGGAAGAAGAAGAGGAUGAAGAUGAAGAUGAGGAAGAGGAAGUGGCAGCUUGGAGGCUGCCCCCCAGAUGGGGUCAGCUGGGAGCCUCCCAGCGGCCUCGUCCUCCCCGCCCCACUCAUCGAAAAACCUGCUCACAGCGCCGCCGCAGAGCUAUGAGAGCCUUCCGGAUGCUGCUCUACUCUAAAAGCACCUCGCUGACAUUCCACUGGAAGCUUUGGGGGCGCCACCGGGGCCGGCGGCGGAGCCUCACACAGCCCAAGAACCAUCUUUCACCCCAGGAAGGUGGUGCGACACCACAGGUGCCAUCCCCCUGCUGUCGUUUUGACUCCCCCCGGGGCCCACCUCCACCCCGGCUGGGUCUGCUAGGUGCUCUCAUGGCUGAAGAUGGGGUGAGAAGGUCUCCACCAGUGCCCUCUGGGCCCACUAUGGAGGAAGAUGGAUUAAGGUGGACUCCAAAGUCUCCUCUGGACUCUGACUCAGGCCUCCUCUCCUGUGCUCUGCCCAAUGGUUUUGGGGGACCACCUGGGCCAGAAGGGGAGCGAAGUCUGGCACCCCCUGAUGCCAGCAUCCUCAUCAGCAAUGUGUGCAGCAUCGGGGACCAUGUGGCCCAGGAGCUUUUUCAGGGCUCAGAUUUGGGCACUGCAGAAGAGGCAGAGCGGCCCGGGGAGAAAGCUGGCCAGCACAGCCCUCUUCGGGAGGAGCAUGUGACCUGCGUGCAGAGCAUCUUGGAUGAAUUCCUUCAAACUUAUGGCAGCCUCAUCCCCCUCAGUACUGAUGAGGUAGUAGAGAAACUGGAGGACAUUUUCCAGCAGGAGUUUUCUACACCUUCCAGGAAGGGCCUGGUGCUGCAGCUGAUCCAGUCAUACCAGCGGAUGCCAGGCAAUGCCAUGGUGAGGGGCUUCCGAGUGGCCUAUAAGCGGCACGUGCUGACCAUGGAUGACUUGGGGACCUUGUAUGGACAGAACUGGCUCAAUGACCAGGUAAUGAACAUGUAUGGAGACCUGGUCAUGGACACAGUCCCUGAAAAGGUGCAUUUCUUCAACAGUUUCUUCUAUGAUAAACUCCGUACCAAGGGUUAUGAUGGGGUGAAAAGGUGGACCAAAAACGUGGACAUCUUCAAUAAGGAGCUACUGCUAAUCCCCAUCCACCUGGAGGUGCACUGGUCCCUCAUCUCUGUUGAUGUGAGGCGACGCACCAUCACCUAUUUUGACUCGCAGCGCACCCUAAACCGCCGCUGCCCUAAGCAUAUAGCCAAGUAUCUACAGGCAGAGGCAGUGAAGAAAGACAGGCUAGAUUUCCACCACGGCUGGAAAGGUUACUUCAAAAUGAAUGUGGCCAGGCAGAAUAAUGACAGUGACUGUGGCGCCUUUGUGUUGCAGUACUGCAAGCACCUGGCCCUGUCUCAGCCAUUCAGCUUCACCCAGCAGGACAUGCCCAAACUUCGUCGACAGAUCUACAAGGAGCUGUGUCACUGCAAACUCACUGUGUGAGCCUCGUAUCCCAGACCUCAAGCCCAUUAAUGAAUGGGCAGGGGGACAUGGGAGACCCUUCCUUCCCAAGAAACUCCAGUUCCUUUCCUCUCUUGCCUCUUCCCACCCAGUUCCCUUUGGUUUUUCAUAUUUAAAUGUUUUAAUUGAUUUCUGUAAUUUUUUUUUCUUUGAGAGAAUACUUGUUGAUUUCUGAUGUUCAGGGGGUGGCCAUGGAAAAGCCCCUUUUUCCCUCAGUCUGCAGGGGAGUAAGGCCUUGUGGCCUGGGUGGGGCAGUCAUCCUCCUUCCAUGUGCAGAGGGGGACAGGAAAAUCUGUGCUGGGGGUGGUGGGCGGGCAAAGGGAUUACUGCCUGCCAGAUCUUCAAACUUUUUUUUAUAUAUAUAUAUAUAAAUGCCACGGUCCUGCUCUGGUCAAUAAAGGAUCCUUUGGAGAUA